AUCGCGGUCAUCCAUAGUCUGUCAGGAGAGUCAGGACUGACUUGGACUGACUUGGACGGACUGUUGGCCGGACCAGCCACUGUGAAAAAUGUCGUCAGAGUUGGCAGAAAAUAUUGGAAGAGCUGUUUUGGACGCCAUUCGGAGUUUCCAAAAUGCACCUUUGGUGGCAGCGACGACCACACAACAACCACAUCGUUCGAGUUCUGCCAGUACCGCGCCUGGACCAGGACCAUCCCGCGUUUCCACCUUGACAGCACAACGCACGGGCACCAGUAACUCAACUCAAUUGACACCAGGAUCAAAUUUCCACACACCGAAUGAUCAUUCUGAUAAUUACCAAGGAAGGCAUGCUAUUUCCAGAGAAGAGCUGGAAAAUGUUCUCAUUUUGAAAACCACCUUUACUGAAGCUGCUUCUAUUCUUGGAGUGUCUAGGCCAACAUUUUACAAGUUAUUACAAGACUUUAAUAUCCCAACAUCAAAAUUUAACAAUAUCAGUGACCAACAAUUGGAUCUCAAAGUGUCACAGUUGAAAACUGAACAUCCAAAUGUUGGAGAGGUGAUGCUUAUGGGGCAUCUGCGCUCCAUAAAUAUUGUGGUUCAGAGACGGCGUGUAAGAGAGUCACUCCAAAGGGUAGACUCAGCUGGUGUCCUGGACAGGAGAAGAACAGCAAUAGCUCGGCGAGUUUAUACUGUGCCGCAUCCAAAUUUCAUUUGGCAUGUCGAUGGAAACCAUAAACUGAUCAGGUGGAAAUUUGUUGUUCAUGGGGCAAUGGACGGCUACAGUCGAAUGUUGGUGUUUCUUCAUUGUUCUAACAAUAAUCGAGCAGAGACUGUGAACGCCCUCUUUACUGCAGCCAUUGGACUGUUUGGCAGACCCCUACACAUCAGAACUGAUCACGGAGGAGAGAAUGUUAGGAUUUGGGAGGACAUGCGAGCAAGCAGGGGUGAGGGCUCUGUCUUACUUGGGAGUUCUGUACACAACCAAAGGAUUGAGCGUUUCAACAGAGACCUGAACAAAAACUGCAGCCAUGUUUAUGCACCCAUUUUUUAUGAAAUGGAAUCCCAAGGUAUCCUGGACUUAGAAAAUCCAACAGACCUCUUUUGUCUUCAUUACAUCUUUCUACCCAGAAUCAACCGCACUUUAGAGGAAUUCAGAGCUGCGUACAACCAUCACUCAAUUUCAUCUGAAGGAAAUAGAACUCCAGUUCAGCUUUUUGCACUGGACAAUCAUUUGCUUCAUCUUCACAGCUUGGAACUCCAGGCAGCAGAGGUUGUUGCUUCUUCCUCACUAAGCUCCCAAGCUGUGUUUCUCCCAUUAAAUAACAGAGAUUUUCAAGAACUUUAUGCUACCAUUAACCCCCUGGAAAAUGACAGCAAUAAGGGCAAAACAUUGUUUCAGAGAACACAGCAGUUUAUUUUUGAUAAACUUGUAACUUAGUGACCUGACAAGUAACAGUGACCAAGGGAAUCCAUCUAUCCCUGGAGGUGUAAGUGAAGUAUGCAUAUACAUAUAAAAAUAAACAAAAUGAAUACUCUCAAAAACAUUCUAAAAUGCUGUGAACAUACGUUUUCUUGUAAUACUGCCAAGGUUGAAAUGUGUCCUUUUUCUGGAAGUGAAUGCAUCUACUGUAUAGAUGUUUGAAAACUACAAGACUUCACAUAGUUACUGUAGAGUUAUACAAGGCUAUAAGUAUACCAUGGUAAGUACCACAUAGUUUUGAGAUAAAAUGAGUUUAAAUGUUCCUUUGGGCUCUAGCAUCCUCUGAAAUUACACAGGUUAAGUGAUGUAUAAACAGACUGUGUAUCACUACAACUGUAUGACAUUACUUCAAAAUGUAUGUAUGACAUUACUUUGGUCUGAAUUUCUGCUUGAACAAUAUAACAACUUGCUGUGUGAUAUCUUAAUGUAAGAAACUUACAACUAAUUCUGUGCAAUUCUGAUAUUAAACCUGUAUCUGAGAAAAGAGAAUUCAAAUAAAUGUUGUC